CCCCUCGGCCCGGUCGUUGCGCCGCAGGCGGGCGGCGGCUGGGAGAGGGCUGCUUGUGCGGCCUGCGGCGGGGGCGGCGGCCUGGGGGGCGCCUGGGGCUGAGGGAGCGGCGGUGCGCGUCUUACGGCAAUGAAAUUUCUGUUGGUUUUUGAUUUUGACCAUACAAUCAUAGAUGAAAAUAGCGAUACCUGGAUUGUGAAAUGUGCUCCUGAGAAAAAACUUCCUAACGGAUUAAGAAACUCUUAUCAACCAGGACAUUGGACAGAGUAUAUGGGCAGAGUCUUUGUCUACUUGGGAGACAAUGGCGUCAAAGAAGAUGAGAUGAAAAGAACUAUGACAACAAUUCCUUUCACUGCGGGAAUGGUAGAUCUUCUGGGUUUUAUUGGCGAGAACAAAGAGUUGUUUGACUGCAUAAUUGCUUCAGAUUCUAAUACAGUAUUUAUUGACUGGAUUUUGAAAGCUGCUGACUUCCAUAAUGUGUUUGAUAAAGUGUUUACAAACCCUGCGGCAUUCAGCAGUACUGGCUAUCUUACUGUACAGAACUUCCAUGCUCACCAUUGUGUAAAGUGCCCCAAAAACCUUUGCAAAAGGAAAGUUUUGAAAGAAUUUCUAGAUAAACAGUUGGAGCGAGGAGUAAGUUACACAAAAAUUGUGUAUAUAGGUGAUGGUGGGAAUGACUUAUGUCCAGUAAUGUUUUUGAAGAAGGAUGAUAUUGCUAUGCCCAGGCAGGGGUAUACCUUGGAGAGGAAGAUUUCUCAACUGGCCCAAGAUCUGAGUCCUGUAGAGUGCUCUGUUCUGGUUUGGUCAUCUGCUGUUGACAUUAUGUCUCACCUGAAACUGCUUAUAAAGAAGUAAUUCAAAUGAUAAAAGGAAACAUAUUUUAUCUUUCUGGGAGAGAAAAACUACAUCUGUUUAAAAGCACAAAAUUGUAAAAUUGGGCUGUUAACUGAACUUACAUUUUCUAAACACAAUACUGUUUAUGUUCAAUCUUGGCAGUAGUAGGAAGUUAAAGUGGCUUUCCAACAUCAGCUGAGAAGGGGGGGGUUGCAAGACGAAUUGCCAUGAUUCUUUGUCUUCUUCGCUCCCCCCGCCCCAGCUUUUAUCACUGACAUAAUGGACCUUUCCAUUCCAUGAAUUUAGGGGAAGGAGCAGAAUUAGUGCAUGAAAGAAUGGAAUUCAUUACAUACAGAGCAUUAGGAGCCAGGAACCGUGGUUCUGGAACUGUUCAUUGGCUUUUAUACUUCUUUGAUGAGGAUAGAUAUUUGAUUUUGUAAAUUACUUGGUAUGCUUGUAAUCUUGUUUGAUCUGAAGACACAUUUAUAUUUUCAAUAUACUAAAUAUUUUACCAAAUAAAAUUACUUCUAUUUAAGAGUUUGUAUUAUCUUGUAAAGACAAUAAAAGGUAUUGUCAGUAACAAAAGUAACACACCUGAUUUGUGUAAUGUAUUCUGUGGGCAUGCAUGUCAUCAUGCACCAGUUCUUGUAAGGGCCUGGAAAGAGGGAAGACAAGUGUAGGGGUCAGCCUUUGGGUAACACCUUAAUUUAUUUUGUCAGUCAGACCUUCUCUUCUGGGGAGCAGUAAGAACAUUGUUGCUCUGCUUUAAAAAAGUCACUCUCCCUUUCUCCUGACUACCACCCUGACAGCGUGCUGCUGCCACUCUGUGUAGAGCUAAUGUUGGUUUGAUCUUCCAUGCUGAUGGCUCUGAGUUAGGUGCUUUUUUUCUUGCUGGGUUUCUGCUGCAGUGCACAGGCCCACGGAAUGGUGCAUAUCUAUACAUGCUUACACUGAUACUACCUAUUCACUCUCAUCCAUAUCUAUAGCAUAAUCCUCUGUUACAGGCUGGAAGGGAAUGCCUAUGUCCAUUUUAACUUUUUAACAUAAUUGUUCUGUCUUUAAAUAGUUUAAAGAAUUGUUUGUGAACGUGCAGUUUUUCUCUUUACCACUCGCAGUGAGAUGAGCCCAAAGAGCUGGGCUAUGCAUAUAGAGAGAUUAAAAAUGUCUCAUUAAAGUUAAAUGAUGUAUUUUCACACCACAUGUUUUCCUCCUUACAGUCCCCCAAAAGGUCCAGAAUGCUACUAUAGUCUGCUAUUGAACAGAUGUAUGUUUUAUCUUAAGUGCCUUGAGAAAUUAGUCUGACUUCUGCAGCACUUCAGUUGCAGAUGUCAGAGGUGUAGGUCAG